UGUGACGAAUAAAAGAUGGCAGUUGAUGUUCAUAGCCAAUCCAAUUUGAUGUUUUCUUAACAGUCGCUCAGCACUGCUGUAAAUAAUCUGCGUAACUCCACGACAUUAUAUUACACCAGUGUAAUGUACCUAAAACCCACGAUACGAUGGAAAACAAAUUGAUAUUUUCGGUUGUUUUCGUCUUUUUGUUUGUCGUCAAGUUUGAGCAAGGUUUUUGUCUGCUGUGCCCAAAAUGUUAUUUUGCCACGUACUUCCCAGUGUGCGCCAAACCUAUUCCUGUCAACUGGACAAGCUGUAUUAGUAAUUCAAUCAUGAAAACUUGUAGGAAUGAUCAAGUGUGCAUGAAAUACCGAAAAGUGACACAAUUCAAGAAAGGUUACCAACAAGUCGAGUACGCAAUCUUUUGUAUUGAAAAAGAUGGAUGCAACAAACAAGAGUGUCCUCAGCCUUCUUAUAUGCAUAACACUGAGGAAGAAAUAUCUGAUAUAUCUGGUAUUUCUUGCUUUGAUUUCAAGUGUGCUGCUGACAACGUGACCCCUGAUCAACUUAUCAGCCAUCAACCCAUCACUGUUUCUCAACUAAAGAGUUCAGAAGAAAUUGGCAUGUUGUUAGUGUAUGUUGUAUGUAUUGUGGUAUCGUGUAUGUGUUGUUGUUUAUUUUCUAUUUUAUUGUAUGUUUAUUUUAACUUGACUGAAUCGGAAAAUUGUGCCCGUGGUCACUGCUGUUCGGCGUAAUGCAUCAGUCAAAUGACCGUGGCCCUGGGAAAAUUAAUAUUUCAACAACUUUAAAGGCACUGCAAUUCGCGGACCUUAGAAACCACAGGCGGUUAAAUAGAUCUUUUCCUUUGAUUAGACGUUAUGUCCUUCCCACAGCCAUAAUAUGCUUAUCAUCUCCGGUCAUAUCGGGUUUGUACAGCGAAGGGGGGAAGGGUAGGGGCUCAAUCGACUGAUGCAUAAUCAUCAUCAUCAUCAUCAGGUCGAGCUUGCUCGGCUUAAAAAAUAAACCUUAUCAGUAAUUAACAAGAAUAUUCCAUAUAUGGAGAGCGYAAAACCAGGAUGGACGUUAGCUAUUCAACUGAGCGAGUUAAACACUGAAGAUAUUCUUUCAGAUAAAAACUCACAAAUAUUGUAGAAAAAAAGACCUGGUCUUAUAUAAAGGUCCACAGUGUCAACUCUGUUCAUUAAAUUUGUAUUUACAUAUGCA